GGUCGUGCUCGGAGAUGAUGAUGCUGCCUCCGGCGGCGCUCCAAAAGUCGGGCUCGUACGCAGUUGAGCUCGAGAGGUGGGCCCGCAUCUUCCCGCGCUCGCAGAUCAAGGUGAUCGUGACGGACGAGCUCACGCGCGGGUCGCAGCGCAUCAUGAACGAGACGUUCGACUUUCUGCAGCUGCCGCGCAUGCCCAUCGGCAACCAGUCGCGCUUCUGCGUCCGCGGCAAGGCGGGCGUGAUGGACGUGCUGCACGCGUCCGAGCUGAACAUCACCAUCGGGCACGACACGAGCGAGCACGCGCACCUCCUCGCGCCGCAGCUCAAGGUCGGCGACUGCGAGCCAGAUAGCGGUCACGCGCACGAUGAGGCCACCGGCUCGGACCUCCACCGCAUCGAGCCGCGCGUGCAGGAGAGGUUGCGCCGAUUCUUCGAGCCGCACAACCGGCGGUUGUACCGAUUCCUCGGCCGGGACCUUGGCUGGUGA